ACUUUGGCUGAAGGAGCCUGUUCAGACCACAUCGAGGAGUCACAACUCAAUUAGCACAGCAGCAGUGCAGAGUCGUUAGUGGAUCGAUCCUCUGCACAUGCAGAUGUCUUCUUCUUAGCAACCACAAGCCCGCUGUGAACAUGAAGUUUGAGGACAUCCUGGACGAAAUCAACGGUUUUGGGCCUUUCCAAAUGGCCAUGGUCGUCCUGCUGAGCGCCCCUCGAAUGGUUCUGCCGUGCCACUUCUUGUUGAACAACUUCAUCGCCGCCUCGCCUCCCCACCGCUGUGACAUCGGCACGCUGGGGGCCGGAGGGCUCUUUGAGAAUCUAACCGAGGAGCAGAGGCUGACCGUCAGCCUCCCGGCGCGGGAGGACGGCCGUGGCUGGAAAUCCUGCGAGAUGUUUGCGGAGCCUCAGUUUCAGCUGUUGGCCAACGGCUCCUGGGGGGCCAACCCGCCGACCCUCCGGUGUCAGAGCGGAUGGGUUUAUGACAACUCCACCUUCACCUCCACUUUGGCCACAGAGUGGGACCUCGUGUGUGAUAGAAAAAACCUGACGCAAACCACCGGCUCCAUCUUCUUUCUGGGCGUGAUGUUAGGGGCCGUUGUUUUUGGAUUCCUCAGUGACAAAUACGGGAGGAAAAACACUCUUCUGGCUUCGUACAUCACGGCCAUCGUGUUUGGCUUCGCCAGCGCGUUCGCAGACUCCUACGUCGUGUUUGCGGUGCUGAGAUUCCUCACUGGGUUUGGACUGACGGGAAUCGGCAUCAACUCCGUUGUCCUCAGCAUCGAGUGGGUCGACACUGAACACAGGGUUUUUAUCGGCGUGAUUGGCAGCCUGUCCUGGUCUGCAGGCAACAUGCUGCUGGCUGGCUUUGCCUUCCUGGUGAAGGACUGGCGUACUCUGAUCAUGACCGUCACGGCCCCACUGGGCUUUGCAUUGCUCAGCUGGUGUUGGAUUCCUGAAUCUGCCCGCUGGCUUUUGGCCAACGGGAAAGUGGAAAAAGCUCAGUUUUACCUCGACAAAUGCGCCAAGUUCAACAAAAGACCAAAGGCGUCCUCCAACUCCAAACUGCAGAGCCUCGCCGACAUUGAAACCCUGGAAAAGAAAGAUAAAAACUACACGUACCUCGACUUGAUCAAGACCCCGAAGAUGAGGCGGUUAACCCUCCUGACUGGCAUCGUGUGGUAUGGAGUUUCCUCGACGUAUUACGGAAUCAGCUUGAACAUCACUGGAUUUGGCUUAAACAUUUACCUCACACACUUCGUCUACGCCGCCAUCGAGGUCCCUGCGAAGCUGAUGAUCUAUUUCUUACUCAAAGUCGUUGGACGGAGGAAGUGCCAAGCGGGAACGCUGUUACUGACGGGGGUCUGCAUAAUCAUCAACGUGCUUUUACCACAAGGUCUGUGGCAGGUGCGUGCUGUUGUUGCCAUUGUGGGAAAAGGCCUGUCAGAAGCUUCCUUCACAACAGUCUUCCUUUACACAACAGAGCUUUACCCAACAGUUGUCAGACAAAAUGGUUUAGGCUACACCAACGUCCUGAGUCGCGUGGGGGUGUCGGUGGCCCCGCUCAUCCUGCUGCUGGAGGACGUGUGGACCGUUCUCCCUCAGGUCAUCAUCUCCUCCGUGGCCAUCAUCUCCGGCCUGGCGGCUCUGCUGCUCCCGGAGACGCUGAACGCGAGGCUGCCGGAGACGGUCGACGACAUUGAGAAGCCAAGACGAAAUGAGGUCUCCUCUCUCUCCGUGGAGUCUCCGGCUGUUUUCCCAGAACCAAAGAUGACAUCGAGCAUGUAGCAGAGAAGAGACGAUCAAAGCAAGGACUGUGUUU